AUGGACAUGGACAGUGAUAAUGAGUUGCUUUCCCAGCUCGCCGCAGGUGAAACCAUCCCCAGAGCCGCCUGGCCAGAAGUACGGAGCGAGAUACUGUCGCGACUAGACAAGAUUGCGCACCAAGACUUCCCAAUACCGAAACUUCCUCCACCCCCAAAGAUACCCAGCCCAAUUACCGAUUCUGAGGGCCGCAUCGUGUCGCCUCCGCUGCCUUCGCAAGAUGCCGACAAAGAGAACGACCCAGGGCUCCCGCGGGCUCCCGCCGUCCAAGAACUCGAACCCGGGCAGCUGCCGAAGCAGAUCACCGACAUGCUCCAAGUCAUCUCCAACCACCUGCAGAAGUUCGAAGCGAGCCCUCCCCACACCAUCCAGCGAAUCGCCGAGCUCAUCUUGAGACCCCGAGCCCACUACAAGGCGCUCGCGCCCUACCUCCACGCCGUCGACAGAGUCGUCCUCGUCACCUCCAACAUCGACGUGUACCCGCUUCCCCCAGUGGCGCCCGACAUCAACGGCCAGACCAGCGACGGGGACGCGAGCGACCCUGCCGCGCAAGUCGCCUGGAGCAACUCGACCUCGGCCGCCCUGGGGACGGACGAAGCCCUCGGAGGGGCUCUGCUGACGCCCAUUCCGUGGCUCACCAAGGGUGGCUCGGACGGUGGUGGCAGCGGCGGCGUCGACACCCCCGGGGCGCAGAUUCAUUGUGAGAGCACUGAGACCAUUGACGGCCCCAAUGGAGUUGGAAGCAUAGAGACAGUCUCGGUAAGCUUCAAUGGCAUCCCCUCGAUAGGCCGGGCCAGGGGUGUUACUCAAGGGGAACUCCUCCGCCAAGAGCAGCGCGCGGGAGUUGUCCCUGUCAGUCAACUCCCCCGGCAGCAGGGGCAGCCGGGCAACGUGGAGCGCAGUAGUACUGACGAGUCGGGGGAGCCCGAACAGGACCAUGAGGAUGAGGAGCUCGAGGACGAGGAGGGGCACCCCCACGCCCGCGGGCCCGAGGAGAUUGGCGUCGACGACCUGGGGCCUCAGAGCUCCAGCUCUGCCUACGUCGGCAGCGCCGGGCUGGAGACCCAGGACAUCGACGUCGAGGCCGCGGUGGGGAGGAAGCACGAGGACCACCAGGACGCCGCGCCCAGGAGCCCCAGCGCCGACAGCACGAGCUCUAAGCGUGAGGCGGAGUCGGGGCUGGAAGGCGAGCCUGCGAAGAAGCACGCCAAGAAUGAUGCCAAGGACGACGACAUUGAGCUGCCGAAUGCUGAGGCUGAGGGGGGGCCAGCCGCCGGCGAGAACGGCGCGAGUAAUGCGGAUUCGAUGGAGACGGACAGUUAG